AGAUUAUGAUUUUUGUUUUCUUUCACCAAUUUCCAAUUUCAUAACAAAAAUAAUUUUUUAUUUUUCAAUAUUUUUGCUUCUUUGGUCAUAUGUUUGCAUAUGAUAUUUUUGGUCAUCCACUCGAAAUCAUCAUUGGACGAGGAAAAUUUAUAAUUUUUUUUUUUUUUUUUUUGAAAAAAAAAACAGAACAGUUAUCAUUGCCGUCAAAAGUCUGUUUGUUUGUCUUUAUCAUUAUCUUGUCAAAAAAAAAUGAGUGCCCGAGAUCGUAUCAGUAUAUUUCCAUCUCGUAUGGCCCAAACGAUCAUGAAAGGUCGUUUAAAAGGUGCACAAAAAGGUCAUUCAUUAUUGAAGAAAAAAGCCGAUGCAUUACAGUUUCGUUUUCGUGCCAUUUUAAAGAAAAUUGUUGAAACAAAAUCAUUGAUGGGCGAUGUUAUGCGUGAAGCAUUAUUUUCAUUAGCCGAAGGUAAAUUUGCCACCAAAUCCGAUUUCAACAAUAUUGUAUUGCAAAACGUAAAUAAAGCACAAUUUGGAGUGAUUACCCAACAGGAUAAUGUGGCCGGUGUAUUAUUGCCUGUAUUUGAAACGGCACAAAGUGGUGCCGAUUCCAAUGAAUUAGCUGGCCUUUCUGGUGGUGGACAACAAUUUACACGUAUUAAAAAAAAUUUUGAACGUGCAAUCAAAUUAUUGGUUGAUUUGGCUUCAUUACAAACAUCAUUCAUAACAUUGGAUGAUAUUAUCAAAUCUACUAAUCGUCGUGUUAAUGCAUUAGAACAUGUUGUAAUACCACGUAUUGAACGUACUAUACAAUAUAUUUUAUCCGAAUUAGAUGAAAUGGAACGUGAAGAAUUUUAUCGUUUGAAAAAGAUACAGGAAAAAAAGAAAAAAAUGCGUGCAAAAUCUGAAGCUAAUUUAAAAUUGCUUAAACAACGAGGUAAUUAUCAGGAACCACAAAGCCUAUUGGAUUUAGAUGAAGAUGACCAACAAGAGAUUCUUUUCUAAAUAAAAAAUCAAUCAAUCAAUCAAAUCAAUGAUGUAUAAUGUCAUUAUUUCUUCUAAUUAAUAUAUAUAUGCUUUACUAGUCCAGAUUUUAUAGAAAACAUUUUCACUUUCCCAAAAAAAAUUCUCUUUGUAUAAUCAACUUAUAAAUUAAUCAGAUAUGAUAUUCUUUGAAUGAAGAAAAAAAAUUCAAUUGUUUCUUACAAGAUCUAAA